GCGGGCCCGGCCCGGCUCCUCCUCCGGCAGCUGCGGGCGUUGGCAGCAGCGCAGGCGGUGUUUCCCGUCCGCGCCCAGCCCGCGGGAGCCGAGGGGCGAGCGUCCCGCUGCCCGAGCCGCACGGACCCGUCAUGUUCCAGCUCCUGCGCGGCCUCGUGUUGCCAGCAGCCGCCUGUGACGGGAGCCGGGAUGGCGACUCCCGGUACGCCAACCUCUUCAGGAAGCUGGACCUCAACGAAGAUGGGAGGGUGGAUAUUGCCGAGCUCCAGACGGGCCUCCGGGCCAUGGGCAUCCCCCUGGGAAAAGAGGCAGAGGAGAAAAUUUUUAAAGCUGGAGAUACCAACCAGGAUGGACAGCUGGAUUUUGAAGAAUUUAUGCAGUAUCUUAAAGAUCAUGAGAAAAAGAUGAAACUGGCAUUUAAGAGCCUGGACAAAAACAAUGAUGGAAAAAUUGAAGCAUCAGAAGUUGUCCAGUCCCUCAAGAUAUUGGGUAUAAGCAUUUCUGAAAAACAGGCGGAAAAGAUCCUGCAAAGUAUCGAUGCUGAUGGGACAAUGACGGUAGACUGGAAUGAGUGGAGAGAUCAUUUUAUGUUUAACCCAGCUACAGACAUUGAAGAAAUAAUUCGAUAUUGGAAACAUUCCACUGUUUUGGAUAUAGGAGAUAGUUUGACUGUUCCAGAUGAGUUCACAGAGGAAGAGAAAAAGACUGGACAGUGGUGGAAACAGCUGUUGGCAGGAGGAGUGGCUGGUGCUGUCUCUCGAACAGGUACAGCACCCUUAGAUCGCCUUAAAGUGAUGAUGCAGGUUCAUGGUUCAAAAUCCAACAAAAUGAAUAUAGCCAGUGGUUUUAAGCAAAUGUUGAAAGAAGGUGGUGUCCGAUCCCUCUGGAGGGGUAAUGGUGUAAAUGUUGUGAAAAUAGCUCCUGAAACAGCUAUUAAGUUCUGGGCUUAUGAACAGUAUAAGAAGAUACUCACUAAGGAUGAUGGAAAGUUAGGCACCGUGGAAAGAUUUGUAUCUGGUUCUUUGGCUGGAGCAACCGCACAAACCUCUAUUUAUCCCAUGGAGGUUUUAAAGACCAGAUUGGCUGUGGGUAAAACAGGGCAAUAUUCUGGGAUGUUUGACUGUGCUAAGAAGAUCUUAAAAAGAGAAGGUGUAAAGGCCUUUUACAAAGGCUAUAUUCCUAAUAUUCUGGGUAUAAUUCCUUACGCUGGCAUUGACCUUGCUGUUUAUGAGCUCUUAAAGAGUACAUGGCUAGAACACUACGCGUCCAGCUCUGCCAACCCGGGUGUUUUUGUGUUGUUGGGAUGUGGUACUGUGUCCAGCACAUGCGGGCAGUUAGCCAGUUACCCUCUUGCUCUUAUCAGAACACGCAUGCAGGCUCAAGCCUCAGUGGAAGGAGCUCCACAGCUAAACAUGGUCGGUCUCUUUCAAAGAAUAAUUGCUACAGAGGGCAUCCGAGGACUUUAUAGGGGUAUAGCCCCUAAUUUUAUGAAAGUGCUUCCAGCUGUCAGCAUCAGCUAUGUUGUAUAUGAAAAAAUGAAGCAGAAUUUGGGAAUAGCGUGAAGGAAAAAGAAUAAGAGCCUGAGAAACUGCUGUUCCAUGGUGUCAGAAUACCUCAAAUGGAUUUACACGGUAUUUUUUAAUAAGUGAUUUUCCUAACUUGCUUCAUGAGACCUGCUUUUCAUUGCAUUUGUAAAUGGUAGCACCAUUAACCAUCAUGAGCUUUGAGUUGCAGCUACAUGUUUUGUAGGAUCAAAAUAUACAGGAACAGAAAAAGCUUGGUUACUAGAUCAUUCCAUGCAAGUGCAAGUUACUGUUUAAAAAUGGGGUGGAGGGUCCAGGAUUAAGCUGAUAGUGAUUUAAUACAACCAAAAGCAGAGCUCAUCACAGCUGCCUUGGGGAGAGAAAUGCUUCUCAUUUUGAACUCUUCAUUCUUUCCUUUACUUGGAGGACUACAGUCUGCUAUGUGCAAUAGCCAAUAGAGGAUUGCAUUAGUAUGUAAAGGUUUUCCAGGUUUGUCAUGCGAGAUAGAUUCUUUUCCCUCACAGUCUUCUGUGCGUGCUGGCUGCGUGUGUGAGAUUCAGGUAGUAAAAUACUGAAGCAGUUUGCCCAGGUGACCAAAUGGGGCUGCUGAUCUCAGGUGUCCAUCAGAUCCAUCAGAUGGAUGUUAAUGAAGUUUGCAAAGCACACACAGAGAACUUGUUGCUUGAGAAACAGCUCCUCCUCAAAACCACCAAAGCAGCCCUUCAUCGGUGUAGCAAGUAGGUAUCUCCAUGUACAAGUACUUCCAAAGUGACUUUGGGGGGUGGGCUGGGAAUAGGGUGGUCCAGCAUUUCAGUUGCCUUUGGGCCCGAACACUGAAUUAGAGUGACAAUUAUUGCUGAACUCAUUUGUUACUCCUUUUCUACUUUCUGCAAUGUCUGGUGUCUUAAUCUUUGUAAAUUCGGGAUUAUCUUUGUACUUAUCUUGACCUUCUCAAAGCAACAGCUCUUAGACCGCUUCCUGAAAUUGGAUUAUUGAAGGAAGAACUUUGUUCCUGUAAGGUCAUUAAGGUUAUCUUUUUUUUUUUUUUAACAAACAAAUAAGCAAGCAAACAGGAAUGACUGCCUGAGCCUUCCUUGUUCCACAUACAGAAGACUAUUUGGCCAUAUUUGUCAGACAACAGUCAGAUGUAAAUCUGUGUUCAGUGCUUCCAUGGCUGGUGUUUAUUCUCCAUGAACUGAAGUAUAACAACUCCAUAGAAUUUGUAUUACAAAAUGAUGCUCUAUCAUAUUUCAGAAAAUGGCAGCCUUGGCUGUGUCUUUUGACCUUCCCUUUAGGGAAACCUUGGACUUUGCACUUUUUUUAAAGAACCAAAAUGUCAUUCUAUCCAAAUCAUCUGUAUGUAAAAUGCCUUUCCGAUCUGUAUGUUUAUUGGUUUUGCCAACAUUCUUGUAUCUUUAUGGAAUUUGUGAGAUCAUUUCCCAAUCAUUUUGUUUGACUGUGACCAAUGAGCAAAUGUAUUGUGUGUGAGAGAUGUGGGGAUGACUUCAGCAGUGUCUGUCCUCUGGAUCUGCUCCAUUUUUUUUAGAGUGUGCAAGUGCCAUUCUGAGUAUUGAAAAUUAUGGUAAUGAUGUUUUCAAAUGCUGAAAAGAUGAGGUCUUUCCAAUGUGAUUUUUUAUUAUGUGCCUUUAUGACGACUGUAUUCAAUUGUGUAUUCUUUGUCUCUUAAACAUAUGUUUACCUUUUUAGCUCUAUAAAAUUACCAGUUUCGAAUAAAUGUUUGUUUCCUUA